CAAGAGCAAGAAAGAACGGCGGUGAACCGGAUGUAAACUGAGACAGCUGACUAAUAUCCUGACCAUUUGGUUUCCACACUUUCUCCUACAUUGACGGAUACACCGUUAAACCCUGACCGGACCAACUGUUAAACCCAGUGUUGUUGUUCGUCGGGACGGGACGGACCAACAUGGCGGCGGUGAGAACUUUCUCCGGGCAGACAGAGCUGAUAAUGGAGGCGGCGGUGGAGGCUGUGGUCUCCGUAUGGCAGCAGAGACUUGGACAACGCGGGACCGACGGCGAAAACACCCGGAUUCAGCUGACCGCCGUCCUUAACGUAAUGUCCAAAGAGGCAGUUCGUAAAAUCUGUGGAGUUUUCAGAGAGCUGUACAUGAAUUUAGAGAAGGAAACCGAAGCUCUGAAGGACGAAGUGAAACGGCUGGAGUCUGAAAUGAAAAACCAGAACAACUCCAAGAAGAACCAAACUCAGACACAUUAUAAGAUCAAGCCAGCAGGUGGCCCCGCUCUGUCACUGGACAUCAAGCAGCAAGCUGCGAACCCUGCAGCUCUUGCCAUGGCCAUCCUAAACUCCACCAAACCCACACACAGCAGCAGCAGCCCUCAGGUCCCUUUGGUCAUCAUCAGCCAGCCGCUUCCCGGACCAAUCGUAGGGCAGAGCCAGCCACUCCCUGGACCAAUCGUAGGGCAGAGCCAGCCGCUUCCUGGACCUAUUGCAGGGCAGAGCAGCACCUGCCCCCAGGUGCUGCAGGAGAAACCAGACCAUCCCCCUGGUCAAGGUCUGGCUGACAUUGAGACUGAGGUGGUUUUAGAAUCGAUUCAGAUCUCCACAGACACUGAUGGAUCACCAGAUUCGAUCCAGUCCUCUUCACACAUGACAUCACUUCCUGUGGUUAAUGAUCAGCUAACCAGUGAGCUCACAGGUGUAUCAGUGACAUUCAGUGAGGACCUGCCCACACAUGAAGAAGAACCAGCUGUGGAUGAGUCAGAGAUGAAGAUGGAAACUGUUGAAGAGAAAGGUGAAAAGAGUCAACCAGGUGAGACAGGUCUGAGUGAGGAGGAGCAGAAGGAGGUGGAGAGGAGGAAAAGGCGGGAGUUGUAUAAAGAGAAGAGGUUUUUCUGCGAGCUCUGUAACAAAGGUUUCCAUCAGAAACACCAGCUGAGGAAACAUGUGUCCUGCCACCUCAAACCUUUCCCCUGCAGCUCCUGUGAUAAGGGUUUCUACAAGGCCAAGACUCUGCAGAAACACCAGCUGAGCCACCAGCUGAGAGAGGCUCAGGAGAACGACCCCGACAAGCUGCUGCGCUGCAACCAAUGUGACAGGAAGUUCAGACUGCUGCGGCAGCUCCGAGUCCACCAGGCAUCUCAUCGCCAUGAAAAGACGCCGCUUAAGUGCAACACCUGCGACCGCACCUUCACCACCUCCAGCGCCCUCCGCUAUCAUGAGGUGUCGCAUGCCAAAGUCAAGCCCUUCAUGUGCGACGUCUGUGGGAAGAGUUUCACCAGGAAGAAGAGCCUCCGAGAGCACCAGACGGUCCACACUGGCGCCCGGCCGUACCCCUGCCAGACCUGCGGGAAGAGCUUCUCCACUGCCAGCAACCUGCGCGUCCACAAGAGGUCACACUCAGAGGAGCGGCCCUUCAAAUGCAGCGAAUGCGACAAGGCCUUCAAGUGUAGGAUGGGUCUGCUUCAGCACCGAGUGGUUCAUUCCGGAGAGAAACCCUUCAUGUGUCAGACCUGUGGGCUGAGCUUCGGACUAAAGUACAACUUCCAGAGACACCUGCGCCUCCACAACGGAGAGAAACCCUUCAGAUGUGAUAAAUGUGGGGAGGGGUUCACAGGGACCUGGGCUCUGAAGACCCACAUGCUGGUUCAUGGUGUGGAAAAGCCAUUCAUGUGUGAUCUGUGUGGGAAGACUUUUUUCUACAACUGUCAGCUGCAGAAACACCAGCAGCUUGUUCACGACAGUAAAGAAGGAGGGAAGGAUGCAGGGCAGGGGAGACGGAGGCCGACCGGGGUCAAAUUGUUCAGCUGCAAAAUCUGUCUGAAGAGCUUCAGCAGCAGCACCACGCUGAGGACGCACGAGAAGAGCCACGCAGAGAACAAAGAGUUCACCUGCGACACCUGCGGAAAGUCCUUCCACCUGCGACACCUGUACCUGUACCACAUGAGGCAGCACAGUGGCGACCGACCGUACGUCUGCAGCGUCUGUCAGAAAGGUUUCCUGCUCUCGUCGCAGCUGAAGCAGCACCAGCUGCUGCACACUGGAGUCAAACCUCACAGGUGUGAGCAGUGUGGGAAAGAGUUCAGGACGCCGCAGAACUACCACCGCCACCUGCUGGUCCACACCGGAGAGAAACCCUACCAGUGUGUGGUGUGCAGUAGGAAGUUCAGGCAGUCCAACCAGCUCAAGUCUCACAUGCAGAUCCACACCGGCGUGAAGCUGUACUCGUGCAACCUCUGCAGACAGGGCUUCUCUGACUCCCGGCAGCUCAAGAAACACCGCUGUGGAGACGACAGUCUGAGCACGCUCGAGUCCUGCAGCAAGCGCGGAAAACACAGGGAUGAGUUCCCCUGGACACAGGAGUUCACAAACCAGUAACUCAUGACAUCUUUAUUAGAACUCAAUAAGGAUCAAAAAGGUCAUUAAAGAUCAAACAAUCAGUAAGAAUCAGUAAGGUUCUACUCAUCUUCUCUUUGUUUCUAAGAGAAACGUGCAGGUCGACGUCAGUCUCAUGUCUGUGUUCAGUGCAGUCAGUGGUUAGCUUAGCUUAGCAUCAAGACUGGAAACAGAUCUGACUCACAGACUCACUGCUGAAACUAUUUCUUGGUCAACAACAGUGUAUCCAUCCUCCUAGUAUUCAAUGCACAGAUGUGAAGUGUCUGAUAUCCAACUGAAACAAUCCAAACAUGUUCCUUUUUAAGGGAUUUAUUAUUUUGAAUAUGUAAAAAAAAAAAAAAACUGACAACUAAUUUUAGAAAUCAGAAGUACAAAGCCUUGGCUGGACAAUAGUUUAUAGUUUGAGCAUCUUGUUUUUAGGGAUGACUGGUCUGUGGUUUCACCCUGAUUCUGAAGAGUUUACUGUAAACUGAGCUGAACACUCACACUACAGCUGACAUCAAGAACUGUUGCUGCGUUUUGCUGAAAAUCUGUAAGAAUUGAAAAUGACAAAAUUAACGCUUUGCACCCUGUUUCAUUCAUGCAGCAAUAAACAAAUUUUUUUCAGAAUAGAGUUUGGUUCAUAGACAUCCUUCUCAAGUGUACUGCAACCGAGCUGCUGCCUGGACUGAUCCACUUCUCCUGGGUGAUUUUCCAGACAUUUGAUUGGUACAUUUAUGUUUUGAUAGAUACAGUCAUUGGUGGAGAGUGAACCUGAUGAUGGAGUAAAAGAUGAUCAUAUGCAUUUUUUCAAACACUGAAGAUCAGAGUGAAGUGACUGUUCAUAGAAUCUGUUAUUGCAUUCAUAUUUUCUCAUGUCACAUUUCCAUGUUUGUUUCAGCUGAAUUUUGUUUUCACAGCUUUUUUAAAAAUCAUAUUAAAGGUUGAAUGACACAAGUACGUCCUACACUGAUACAGUCCAUCUGAAAAAUAAAGCUGAGUGUGUUGUGUUGCAUUGA